AUGAAAUACAGUUUAAGCAUUUAUGCUUGGUAUUUUUAUUGUCCUGUUUUUGAUGAUAAAAUAUCACAAAAUACUAGUAUAGCUAAUAGAAUUAUUUUUUAAAUUAUUUAUGAAACAUAAACAGUUAUUAGAUUUUUAGUUAAUGAUGGACAUAUCAGAGAUGUCUAGGUUAUUAAAGAUACUAUUAAACCUCCUUAUGAAUUCAUUAAAGAAUUAAUAUAAGAACAUCAUAAAUGGCUUUUUUAAUUUAUGUUAAAAUACAAGAAAAUGUUGUAAAAUAUGAUACAUAAUUAUUCAAAAAUUUCCUGUAAUAUAUUUCUAAAUCAAACUUAUAAUAUCUUUCUUAUUUAUAAAGGACAUUGA